AGGUUGCCGUCCUCUCAACUCGCUGCAGAUCAAUUAUGUUAAGAGAACAUCUGUAAGUAGAGCUUAAUGAGGUCCAUUAGAGCAACAUGCGCUGCCUUCCCUAACGGUGCUUGUCAGCUUCUUGGAUGAGCUGGAGUGUGCUGCUGACUGGGGACCUGGUGGAGGGGCUUAAAUAGAGAGGAGGCUCCACUCUCCGCAGCUUUUUCCUGCUAGAGAACCAGAGAGACACACAUAGACAGACAGACAGACAGACAGACAGACAGACAGACAGACAGACAGAGAGACAGACACACACACACACACACACACACACACACAGGGGGAGCCAGGACGCGCAAAGCCGUGGGGAAGCAGAGUUUAGGGGUUCAGUGUGAUUUGACAUCCCAGCAACAACUGGGCAGAGAACCAACUGUUCCAACUCCUGUCGCCAAGUUUUCUUUACACAAUCUGGAGUUGCUGUGAGAAAGUUGCCCUGUGGACACUUCAGUCAAGAGAACAGAGAAAGAGAAACGCCGCUGCAGCGACCCUGAGAAGAGGUUGUGGGCAUCCCCUGGCUGUACUUUUAAAGGUAUACAAAUGCUCUCCGUCCAGCCGGACACCAAGCCAAAAGGCUGUGCCGGCUGCAACCGGAAGAUCAAGGACCGCUACCUGCUGAAGGCCCUGGAUAAGUACUGGCACGAGGACUGCCUCAAGUGUGCCUGCUGUGACUGCCGGCUGGGCGAGGUGGGCUCCACGCUCUACACCAAAGCCAACCUCAUCCUGUGCCGGAGAGACUACCUACGGUUGUUUGGCGUAACGGGGAACUGUGCAGCCUGCAGCAAGCUAAUUCCAGCCUUCGAGAUGGUCAUGAGGGCCAAGGAGAACGUCUACCACCUGGACUGUUUCGCAUGCCAGCUCUGCAAUCAGAGGUUUUGUGUGGGAGACAAGUUUUUCCUGAAGAACAACAUGAUCCUGUGCCAGACGGACUACGAGGAGGGGCUGAUGAAGGAGGGCUACGCCCCCCAGGUCCGCUGACCCCCGCUAGACGAGGAGGAGGAAGAGGAGGAAGAGGAGGAGGAGGAGGAAGAGGAGGAGUAGGAGUGGGAGAAAGAGAAAGAGAGACUGAAGGAGAGAUUGCUCCUGUCCCCAUCAUGUACAUAACUCAGCUUCCCUGGGGGGGGUGGGGGGUGGCACACUCUGCUGUACAGAAUAGCCAUACAGACGCCAACGUGGCAGGGAAAGGCCCUGGAAGCCUCCAACAAACUACACAAAUGAAAGCAAACAGUUUGGCCAUUUCUGUGUUUGUGACAGCGCUGCCUCUUUCCUCCUGGCCAACCACCAGCCGCCUCAGAGCAUUCUAACCAACAGCUGAUCCUGCCUGUUGGAAAGAAAAAGAUAAUGAACCCACCCCAAAAGCAGUCUUGUCUCAUCUUAUCUGGACAGGACAGACAACUUACUACUUGAAUCUAAAAUACACUGAGGUAUUGCCAAUCAAUGUUUUAGCGAAAAGACCUCUGUAGUGUAUGAUAGAUUUAAAACAGUGAAUGUAAACUGAUGAUUUAUUUGUUGCUGUGCGUGCGUGCAUGCGUGCGUGCGUGCGUGCGUGCUUGCGUGCGUGCGUACGUGCGUGCGUGCAUGGUCCUUUCAGAACCUUCAGAUUCCAAACUUAAACACACCAGUAGCAACAUGCUUCCAAAGCACACAGCUUUAUUAUUUCACAAACUCUAAAAUGUAGACUUUGUGAUAAUCAGUGCGUUUCUCUGGAUGGAUGGAAUCUCUCACACGGCCACUAGAUGAAUAUAUUUGAGAACACUAUGUCACUAGAAGCAGUUGACCCUUGAAGACUAGUGUCACAUAGGACUACUCUUCUGGUAGCACAAAGUAAAUGUGUUGAUUGGCCAAUCAGUGAAAAGACCUUUCCUGGUCAAAGGAGUCGGCUUUUGAGGGGACCAGGCCUCCAAACUAUACAAUGAUAUCGCUUGUUUAUUCCUCCCUCUAUUAUGACCCACAGGAGCGUUUUCCAUCCUCGUGUCUAAAUCCGAGAACCAACAAUUAAAUGCGUUGUUAAAGAUGUGGAAGGUUGCAGUUUUGUUACUUUUGAAUAGUCUGUAUCCACGACGUUCCACUUCUGGGAUUGCUACGUUGCUGCUGGAAAAUCCACCGGAUUUCAGUCAUUUAGGCCAGAUAUCCGUUGCCUUGGGCUUCCUUUAUGUUGGCGUACUAAACUCCGGUGGAUUUGUGAGGACUAUGGUUAACUGCUCCUCAGAUCUCUGCAGGGUAAAUCCAGACAGC